AUGGUUAUGGUAGUGUCGUAUGUGUUCUUGGUUCUAACUAUUCUUUCAAUGGAUCUUUGGAUCUCUCAAGCCACAUCCCGUCACGAGACAUCCAUUGCUGAUUACCACCAACAAUGGAUGAUCCAAUUCUCUCGAGCUUAUAUGAACGAAUCGGAGAAACAGAUGAGGCUUAGAGUAUUCAAGAAAAACUUGGAAUUCAUUGAGAACUUCAAUAACAAGAGGAAUCAAAGCUACAAACUUGGUGUCAACGAGUUUACGGAUUUGACCGAUGAGGAGUUCCUAGCCACCCACACGUGUCUCACUGAUACUAACGUAACUUCACCAUUACCACCUUGGAACUGGAACGCCAGUAACCACGUUGGUGAGAGCAAAGACUGGGUAAAGGAAGGAGCUGUAACACCUGCCAAAAGACAAGGAGGAUGUGGUGCUUGUUGGGCGUUCUCAGCGAUUGCAGCGGUGGAAGGUCUAACAAAGAUUUCCCAAGGAAACCUAGUAUCACUGUCCGCACAGCAACUUAUAGAUUGUGAUAGAGAGCGUGACCAUGGUUGCAAGGGGGGAUCAAUGAGAUACGCUUUCAAGUACAUUGUAUCAAACAAAGGCAUUGCUUCAGAUCAAUCAUACCCUUACCAAAUGAAAGAUGGGAUUUGCCGGUCCAACGUCACACCCGCCAUGCAGAUAAGUGGGUUCAAUGCAGUUCCAACAAAUAACGAGAGUGCGUUGCUCGAGGCUGUAUCGAUUCAGCCAAUCUCGGUGGGGCUUGCUGCGAGGAAGGACAGUUUCAUCCAUUACUCAAGUGGAGUGUACAAUGAUGGAGACUGUGGGACAGAUAUGAAUCAUGCAGUGACGUUAGUUGGGUACGGGAGGAGCCCUGAAGGGAUCAAGUAUUGGUUGGCUAAGAACUCUUGGGGUAAGAGUUGGGGAGAGAAUGGUUUUAUUAGACUCCGUAGAGAUGUUGAGUGGCCUUAUGGCAUGUGUGGUGUAGCUCAGUAUGCUUCUUUUCCUGUUGCUUGA